GCCUGUCCUGAUAACCAAGCAUGCCAAUCUGUGAACCCCUCGUCUACUGAUUGCCGAAUCCUCAAGGCCACGUCGUGAAUCAACACAAGGCCUAUCUAGCAUACAGUCACUACGCUUAACCUACACACACAUCCUAACUUUGGCUCUCGUGGAACCUUCAGCAACAAUGGCGCCAACAAAAUAUCUGGAUCGACCGAUCCCGGCCAUCUCCCUUGCAGACUUUGAUUCCCGCAUCGACGAGAUCACGGAGCAGCUUUGCUCUGCAGCAGAAAGUGUUGGAUUUUUCUGCGUCGUCGAUCAUGGUAUCCCAGUGACCACUAUCGAGGAAGCUUUUGAAUUGUCAUCAAAAUUCUUUGCGCUUCCAGAUUCCGUCAAGGCCGCUGUGCCAUUUUCCAAUAAUGCUGGCUGGGAGAAGAAUGCUCAAAUCCGUCCCUCUACUGGCGCGGCUGACCGCAAAGAAUCUUACCAGAUGCAAUUCGGCGCCAACAUGGAGGGAAAAUGGCUUCCUGAUUCCGAACUACCAGGCUUUCAACUCUCUGCGCUCACUUUCAUGCACCAAGUACAGGCUGUCUCUGAAAAAUUGAUGAAAUGCUUCGCACGAGGCCUUGGGUUCGACGACAACUACUUCAUCCGAGCACAUGACAUCAGCCGUCCAGAGUCCCAGACUGUUUGCCGCCUUUUGCACUAUUUUGAGGUACCAGCGGAUAACGGGCGUGCGGGUGAGGUGUGGCAUCGUGCUGGUGCCCACACUGAUUGGGAUCUUCUCACUUUACUCUUUCAGAAAGGCGGCCAGUCGGGGCUCGAGAUCUGCCCUGGUCGUGAGGUGAGCACGUCUUUCGGCUACGGUGACACAUGGACCAAGGUCGAGCCCUCAAGCACUGGCGCCAUCAUUUGCAACAUCGGUGAUUUGCUCAUGAGCUGGUCCGACGACCGCUUCAAGUCAACUUAUCAUCGAGUCAAGGCCCCCACAGAGCCAGGCGACUACUACGGAGAGAGAUACAGCAUUGCCUUCUUCAACCAGCCUUGCCACGAUGCGCUGAUCCAAGGACCUAAGAAGAAGUACCCACUCGUGACUGGAGCAGAGUUUACCAGGAAUGCAAUGAACCUCUACUACGCUAAAACAAUGGCGGAAAAGGAGAAGAAACUUGCCGAGCCUACCAAGAUGGACGUAGGCGGUAAAAUUGUUGAUGGAAUUGGAGCAUAAAGAGUCGCUGGGACACGCCUGGGCAGUGCGAUUUGUGUGUUUGAAUUAAUGAGAAAUCACCUUCUGUGGCAUCGCUCGGUCUACAAAAUGCAUAUUCCUUCUGGGUCUACCAAGACACCUCAUCUGUUGUC